AUGUCGUUCCCCGCUCCUCUAGUGCCCGAAAUCGCAGUCAAGACCGAACCCUCGCAGCACGACCUGUCCGACAGCUACUCAGACUCCUCUGACAAGCAUCCCACAUCGCCCUCGCCGACGGUUCGCAGCCGCAGCGGCCGCCCCGGGUCCUCGGCAGCGGCCCUUGACCGCGAGUCCCGCCGCAAGAUCACCCACACCGCCAUCGAAAAGAAGCGGCGGGAGCGCAUCAACCAAAAAAUCCUCGAGCUCCGCACCCUGGUUCCAUCCUGCGCCAGCCAGGAGAGCAUCCAGAAGGUCUCGGUCCUGGAGAAGACGGUCGAGUACAUCCGCGACUUGCAGCUCCGUCUGGCGGCGCUGUCGGAGCCCCCAGCAUCCCACACCCGCUUCGCCCGCCCGUAUUCGCACCCGUAUGCCCAAGUACCUCCUCCUCAGCCGCCGUCGCAGCGACACGGCGGUCCUCUGCCUCGGGCCGUCGGCCACCAGCACAGUGCAGUCCAGGACUAUCGCGGCGUCUCGCUGUUGGCUCCGGAGCAUCACUUUGCCCGGUUUGAAGAUGUCGGCGUGUAUGCCCAUCCGGCUGGCCAGCAGCCUGGCUCGGGCUUUGUCCAUGCUGUCUCGCCUCACUCGCCGCCCAAGUCGCCGGUGCUGGACCACUAUGGCCGGCCAGUCGUCCAAGUUCACGGAGAACCGCGCCCGCAGAUGCAUCCUUACGGCCCAGGCGACGAGCAGGGUUGGCCUGCGGUCUUGCCCGUACCGGGCUCCUACAAACCCGCCAGCAUCCACAAUAUCAUCGAUUAG